AUGAAUAAUAUGGAUACUAUAUGUCAUAACAUAACCUAAAAAAAGGUAUAACAUAAAAAGUUUGUUUUUAUAAAAGCUUAUUUAAAAUAAGCUUAGUACUUUUAACCAGAAUUAUGAGUAUGAAAAAAGAUGUCGAAUUAAAAAACUUUUUUAUUUUCAAUUCCUUAUAUGGUCCCAAGGAAGGGGAGGAACUGAAAAAAAUUCUCUAUUAUUAUCCAAUAACUGACAAUGCUGAUGUACAAAUAAAGAAUGUGGGGUUAGUUGAGGGGAUCAUCCAGUUUACAGGCACUUUUAAGCCGAGUACUCCAGUGAACUCAUUACAUACACAAAAAAUGCGACAGUUGUAUUUCCAACCAGAAAAAAAUAUGUGGAUUGUGAUGACAUUAACUUUACCAACUGAGGUGAAAGGAAAAGACAGUUCAAAUCAAAUAGAAUACCUAGAGGAUGAUGUUCAAGACAAUGUUUAUGAAGCUGUCUUAAAGCAAGCUUAUUACACAUACAGACUUUUUUGGGACACAUUUGAACACACUGUUGAGAACCAUGAUGUAGGCACACUUAAAACAAGACUUGAAAAUUUUUAUAAAGCUUACCUCAAAACUCUGAAACUAGGACAUGCUGAUAUUCUAAAUGUGUUUCAUGGAAUUCAGUAUUUACCUCUUGACAAAUUAACUUUUCUAAAAGUACAGUGUUUUAUCAAUUCGCUAGAAUGCGAGUAUCCUGAAAUUGAGUACACAGCUUUCCUAUAUAACGAUCAUCUAAUAUGGAGCGGUUUUGAGCCCAAAGACAUGAAAAUUGUUUAUCAAUAUUUAAUCGGUACUUUACUUCCCGCCAACAUGGAAGCUGAACUACAAGGGGGGUCAAUGCCACGAAAUUCUGCCUCACCAUUCGCAGCGCUGCAUCACGGUCGGUUCAUUACCGGGCCUACAAAUUUAAAGACGGCCAAAAGUGUCGGAAAAAUACCCAAAGUUUAUUUAUUUGCCUCGGGGAAGGCCGAAUCGUAUAACUUGGUAGUGUACAGGGCGCUAAGUGCGUCCAUUUGUUUAUUCAUGAAAGCUGACAAGGAAUUAAGUUUACAAUAUUUCAAAGACAUGGAUGGGUUCAUUAGUCCUAAAUUGACUGCAGUCGUGUCAGAUAUUUCUGAAUAUUGUUCUAAACAAGUGAUUACACCAUCAAAUGUCCCAGAAAACGCUCCAAGGUUUAUCUAUUUUAAUAAGUUAAAUUUAGCUUACAAAAGCACGGCUCAUUUGGAUAAUAAACAAACCGGAAACAUUGCGUGUACCAAAGAAUCUUUAAAAAUAAUGGCCGACUUGAAUAACAAAAAAUCACUAUUGGGCCACUCAAGCGAAACUAUAGUCAAAACAAUGAACGACUAUUGGGUUGUUGCAAAGAACUCGAAUUCUAGGGAAUUUUACGUGGCUUUGCAACAGAAAAACGCAAGCCUUAUUGACAUAAGCGAAGAAAUCAAAAAAUUAUGUGAUACUGAAUUAAAAGGAAUUUUCUUUCAUCCACUAUAAGACAGUACAAAAAGUGAAUCAAUAUUUAUUGCAAAAUCAUUUAUUGAUAAUUGUACAUUAAGUAGUCAAAUAAAAAAUAACUUAACACUA